AUGCAGAAAUAUUCUGCCAAACUGGAGACUCAAGUACGGGAACGAACAUUGGAACUGAGAGAGGAAAAACAGAAGACGGAGGCUCUCAUAGCUAAGAUGCUGCCACUACCGGUUGCUCAAGCACUGGUGGCUGGAAACCCUGUGCAUCCGGAAGCGUUCGACAACGUCACCAUUUACUUCAGUGACAUUGUGGGAUUCACCUUGAUCUCCGCCAAAUCUACGCCGCUACAAAUUGUUGACCUUCUCAAUGACAUCUACUCUACAUUUGACGCAAAAAUUAACAAGUUCGACGUUUAUAAGGUGGAGACAAUUGGUGACGCCUAUAUGGUGGCCUCUGGUCUUCCUAUCCGCAAUGGCAAUCUGCACGCAGGAGAGGUAGCAACCAUGGCCCUAGAGCUGCUCAGCCUCAGCGCUGCCCUGGUAAUUCGACACCUGCCAGAUGUGCCCAUCCUCCUUCGCAUUGGCAUCAACUCCGGUAGGUCCAUGUUUGUGAAUACUAAUACAGAAUAG